UCACGUGAAGCUAGCGUCGGUGGUUUGAAUUUUUAACGUCUUUUUAGUUCAUAACAAUUUUGUGUUUUUAUAAUUUAAGUUAACCAAAAGCCGAAAUGCACGCCUCCAAAAAGGUGGAUGAAGGGAAGAACCAACCUAUAAGGGCUUACGUUAGAUUAAGGCCCUUUCACGAGAACGAGAAACCGGCCCGAGCUCUCGAGAUCAGAUCCCGAGACAUCUGCGUGAAUCUGAACAAUAAGAAAAAGUACACAUUCGACGGCGUUUUCGGCCCGGACAGCAAGCAAUGUUACGUAUAUCAGACUAUUGCCAAACCGCUCUUAUCGGAAAUUUUGGCCGGUUACAAUUGCACGGUGUUCGCUUAUGGUCAAACGGGGACGGGGAAGACCUAUACGAUGACGGGUAGCCUGUCGUAUUUGGACCCUGUGGACUGUCACAACGCAAAUUCUCGGACUGACUCGGUUUUGGAUGAUGCAGCCGGACUCAUACCUCGUGUCAUUGAAAAGUUGUUCGACGAAUUAAAGAAGGUCCAAGAACCAUAUUCCGUACAGUGCUCCUAUUUAGAAAUAUACAAUGAAGAUCUUCGAGAUUUACUAACAGACGGUGAGGGUACUACUACAAUGAGAAUUUUUGAAAAUCACCGAAAUAAGGGGGCGGUAAUCAUACAAGGCCUUUCCGAGAUUACAGUACAUAGCAAGCACGACCUGUUCAAGUUGUUACAGAAAGGUCUUCAAAAACGAUAUACGGCGUCCACGUACAUGAACGACCGUUCCAGUCGAUCUCACGCCGUAUUCUCGAUAUUCGUGCACAUGCGCAAGCCGACCGAUGACGGCGAAGAGGUAACCAAGACAGGGAAGCUUAAUUUAGUCGAUUUGGCCGGUAGCGAGAAUAUCGGCCGGUCCGGUUCGAUGGAGCAGCGCGCCAGAGAGGCGGGAAAUAUAAAUCAGUCGCUGCUUACUUUGGGACGUGUUAUAAAGGCAUUAGCUGAAAAUAACUUGCACGUACCGUUUAGGGAAUCAAAAUUGACUCGAAUCUUGCAAGAUAGUUUAGGGGGUAGGACAAAGACUGUGAUCAUAGCAACCAUAUCGCCUUGCGCAUUGAGCAUCGACGAAACUCUAAGCACUUUGGACUACGCAUUUAAGGCGCAGGUCAUUACGAAUAAGCCCGAAGUGAAUCAGCGAAUGUCGCAGAAGGCGUUAAUUGCCCAGUACGUUAGCGAAAUACACCGUCUAAAAGGUGACAUAAAGGCGGCCCAAACGGGCGAAGGAAUACGGAUGGAUCGCGACAACUACAACAACCUGGUUACUAAUUUACAAAUUUCUAAGGAUAAGGUCACUCAAAGCGCGCUUCAGAUUCAAAAUUUGGAAAAGGAAUUGAAGCUUCUCCAAGAGGAAAAGGUCAGAUGCGAGGAGGAGUACGAGGCUCUGAACAGGUCGUUCGAAGAGACCCGCGUCGAAAUUGAAAAAGAGAGGGAGCUACGUGCCAAAAUCGAGUUGGAGAAGAAAACGCAGGAGUACUUGGCGAAUCGGUACGAGAAGAACGCCCAAAAUCUACAUAACGAAGCUAACUCGCUCCUCGAGAUUGUUAAAUCCACCACUUUAAACGAGGCGCUCUUACGAGAGAAAGUCGAGCAAUUAUAUUCGAUUAACAACUGUAAUAGUGCCCUAAUUCAAACGAAAAGUGAACAUGUAGCCCAACUCUGUGAUGCAAUAUUGCACGAUCUCACGUACCACGCAACCAAUUUCGCGGAAAACUACAGCAGAGCACGCGAAUUAAUCAGUUCAUCGAGUGAAUGGCAACGAAGCACAUGUGACGAGAUUACGAAUUUAUUUUCAGAAAUUCACUCCACCUUGCAGAGAGAUUGUGGUAAGUUGAAUGCGUUGGUGGAAGAAGCUUGCAAAGGUAUAGAGGAAUUGAAAAGGGAGAAUGCAGCUUCACUAAAAUCUCUCGCUAACAGUUUGGUAGAUAAUCUAGAGAGGGGAAGGUUAGUGUUUGACUCAUCCGUAAGGGAACUGUUCGAGAGUGAGUCACAGCGACACGCCACCUUUUUUUCAAACAUAUCGCUUCGCAUGUCACAAUUGAAUUCGCUCAUUGCAUCUUCGGCCACGGACGUGUCUAACGAUCUGGAAACUCUAAAGGAAGACAUUUCGCAUGAGUUAGGGUUAUUAUUCCAAGGUGUUCAAAUGAAGGUUCAGGCAAACGAAGACAGUCUCGCUCAAGCUGCCGAAUUUCGAGAUACCAUACUAAACGCCAUAACUUCGAGCUUCGACCAAAUUGCUAGGACGGUAGUGAGGGGCGCGGAGCACGACGCAUGGAAUGUUGCGCACGUUGAAAACGUGCGGUGUAAGCUCGCGACACAGUCGGACACGAUUUUGACUAAAUUAGAACAUGGCUCUUUAGAAGCCUCCGCCAUAUGCAGUGAACAUACACAGUUUGCCAAUUCGAAAAGUGCAAUACUGAAGUUCGAGGCGAUAGUCGAAGAACAUAAUUUAUACUGCAACGACAAAUAUACUCAAGUCAUGAGGGAGUGCGAAAAUAGCGGCGCGGAUCGACAGAGGUACUGCGAGAAGGUGUGUUCGGAAAGCUCGGCCAAGUUGGCGGAUUUUGAAGGCGAAGUUCAUGCAAACAUCGACAAUAUGAAGGAAAGAUUAACCCAUUCAUCCACAAAUCUGAUGAGCGGUCGCGUUGUAGCGGAAGAAAAUCUCACGGGCGUGAUCCAAAGGAUAGACGACUACUCAAAGGAGCGAGACAGCUGUAGGACUAACAUAGAAAAUAAAGCGCAACAAAUCAGUGCCUUAUUAAACUCGACCGACAACGAUAUAGUGGACGCCAUACCGACUGGAAAUACUCCGGUUCGAAAUCGCCGCGAGUAUCCUACCCAUCUAAAGGAGUUAACUCCCAAGGAUAAGGUCCUAUCCAAAUUUCUUCUAACUCAGACUGGAUUUGGUCCAUCUUGAAUUUUAUAUUUUGCAAGAUUUUAGGCCACCAUGAUGUGCAUUUGUUUAAUUUAUGUACUUUAUUUAGAUAUGUACGAAACGUCCAUGAUUUUUAUCGAUUAAAAAAUUUAUUUUUAAAAUAUAAUUUUAAAUAACAUUUUUUAGAUCUGUAUAUAAGAGUUGUGCUUGUGCCGUGUUCCAAUUAUAGUAGGGGAGCUAGCACGAAAUCCACUGAACGAGAAUGAUCAAAAUUUUAACCGAUGGAGUUCCAUUU